ACAAUUUCCCUCUUUCCAAAUUAUGAAGUAUUGUGAAUAUUAUAAGAGCCGUCCCCUUCAAGGAUUGAUUGUAAAAGAGUGGACAGUUUGUAGCAGCGCCUUUGUUAUCGAAACCAUUGAGAAACUUUUGGCUAGUGUAGGAAGACGUAUAUCUUCCGUUGUCUCUUCCUCGAGCUAUAACGUAGCUUACCGUUGUCUGUUGGUAACUUGUGCAACUCAUCCCAUGGAUUCACAGUCUGGCAAGGGGACGAGUCGGGAACCACAGAAGAAUGAAGUUGAAGACGAGGAAGGUUUUCAAAAAGUUGUGAAACGAAAUAGAAGAAUUGUGAGAAACAUUCCAAAUAACGCAGGUCCAAGAGGACGAGGAAAGAGUACUGGCCAGGACAGAAGACCAACCUUUGGUGCUCAACAGAACCAGCCUUUAGAUAGAGGUCGUUCUAAUAAUAGAAGUAGUCAUAACAGGACAGUUCGUGAGUUGAACAGAGGAAAUGGUCGCCCCUUGCCUGAAAUGGGCCAUUCAAAGUUCCAAGAUAGAGGUCGUGUUUCCAACUCUAGUCAAAACCACAGAGUUGGUCGUGGAGGUGCCAAUGUAUUUGGCAACUCUAGUUCAAGAACUGUGAAAGGCAGUCGAGAAGAUAAAGAAGCAACAGAUAGAGGAUAUCCAAAGUCGAAAGGUUUCAACAGAGGUGGAAGAGGAGGUGGAGAUGGAAGAGGAGAGGUAGGUGGAAGAGUUCGUAAUAUGGAAGGAAGAAGAGGAGGUUUUGUUGGUGAAAGUCAUAGUUCUUUGAAUAAUAGACAAGGCAGAAAGUUUUCAGGUCCUAACAACGAGUUCUCACGAGAAAGAGGAAGAGAUAGCAGAAAUAAUGCCAGAGUAGGUGAUAGAAGAGGAGGAGGGAGAACAGACUCUUCUAGAGGAACCUAUAACUCACGAGAUAAUCGCUUACAAAAGGGAGAUAAGUUGAGAAACGAUAAAGGACGUUUCGCUAAUGAUAGAAAAGAUUCCGUUCGAAAAAGGGAAAGCGAUGGCAAAAAUUCCAAGAAAGUCGCUGCAAAGAAGGAACGAGGAGUUGCCCCAAAGUUUACGGAAGACUCCAAGCACAAGUUGACAUUUUAUUUGCCAUUCAAUAGUCGUUAUCUUAGAGCCUGGGUUGAUCCAGGAAAUGAGUUUCAAACUCCAAAGAGAAAUGAUUCAGGCAUUGUGAAAGUUGCUUUUCGUUCUACUGAUAUGGAGAUGUUACAAAAUGAAGAAGGUAUUGUGGUUACCAAUGAAAAAUGGACGGAGGAGAGUCCAUCCGGCAAAAAGAUUGAACUGGUUCGCGUAUUAUUACCUUCGAAUAUACGCUCAGUUUAUGAAAUUCAACAAAGUGGCGAACCCACUCCGAUUGCAAGAAAAGUGAAGAAAGCCUCAUUUGUAGUGGAUCCAGGUCUGAUUGUUGCUUGAUUUGUUUAUUUCUUUCUUAGUUGAGACAAUUGGGAAGUCGUAUGUUCAACUGUUGAAGUAACCUUGAUUGUCUGGAAUAUACAAGUCAUACUGGCAAAUAAAGUUGCGUUCCCAUACCAGAGAGUUAG